AUGACAACAACGCCGCCUCAAAUCCAAUUGAGCCAUGACGACACUGCAUUGAAGCCCCCCGAAUUAGGCGGCCAGCAAGUCCCGCACACAGAUCUUGAAGCCCUCGAACGAUCCAAAGCCGUCCUCCGUCAGCUCGCUCUCCGUAUCCAACCUCCAGCACCAACAACACCCACGAUGGCUUCCCCCACCAUAAAAGCGCUAUCUACGAAUUUCGAUGUCCUCCACAAUAUCCUCAUUUUCAUCUGUCCAUACGACCUCUUGAUCAACUGUCUCAGAGUGAGCAGGUUCUGGAAUUCUACAAUCUCAAAUUCACCCGUCCUCCAACAAGAGCUACAUUUUCAACUAAUGCCAGAAGACCGUCAAUUAUUUCAGAAUGGGAGACGGGUGUAUUCAAUCUGUGGUUUCUUCACCUAUUUCUCUUCCAAAGAUGAGCCAACAGAACAAGGAUCUGACCCAGAAUCACGGGCACGUUUCCACAAACCUCUCACCUAUGCUGCGCUACGCCAGCACGGCGGUUGUCCAUACGAGAUACAAUUUUCGAAGGUGAAAUAUCUGGAGGCAUUCGCCAGACCAGAGGCUAGCUGGAGAAAGAUGCUGUUGGUUCAACCUCCUCUUCCUCUCAAGCAUUAUUUCUGGCAUUACAAAGGUGACUACAUACAAUCCGAAAACCGCAUAGUAACGACCGGCGGCCCUGCGGAGAUAGUUAGAUACAACGGACAUGAGAGGCUGGGAGAGGUUUAUGAGUACUGGAAGAACAAAGAUUGGACAUGGGGAAUUGUUAAGGAUCCGGAAUGGUGGACACCUGAGAAGGAUUUGUACAUGUUUGAUUCAGUUUUGGAUUUUACAUAUGAUUUGUCUUCAUUGAAGCACCCAGACAUCAGAAAUUGGGAGUAUAAGGAUGAAUUCUGCCUUACUUCUUGGGUGCAUAGAGCAUGGGAGCAAGAGUCUGAGUAA